AUGUCUUUAUACAGUUUCUUUGGAAAGACAAGUAAUCUACAACAUACGCUAGACGAAGAGAACGACCUCUGUGAACAAGACCUGUUCAUAGAGAAAAGCCCUUCAUUCGACAUUCACAAGCGUUCAAGCUGGCCGCAGCUCCAAUUCAUUGGCAUCCACCUGAUACUGCUUCUUUUCAACAUCGCCCUUUUCCUUUUUCUCUGGCGAGCUAGCAAAAACCACAUCACAGAAGGUACAUAUGUGCCAAACCUAGUCUCCACCCCGGCCAGAAACGCCAUCGCCUACGAGGCCCAGCAAUGGGAUUCCGAGAACGUCUUCUUCAGUAACGGCUCAGUGAACCCCAACCGGGGAUUCGAAGGCUUUGGCCCCCCUUCACCCCAAUCCGAUGCUGCCUGGACAGAGAUCCUGCAAAGUAGCCCAUAA